AUGCCGGUUCGUCACAACAUUGAUGUCAUGCACGUGGAGAAGAAUGUCUCUGAUGCUAUCAUAUCUAUUAUGAUGCAAAAUUCUAAGUCAAAAGAUGGUGUCAAAUCAAGAAAGGAUCUGGAAGAUAUGGGGAUUCGAAAGAACUUACAUGUUCAGCUCAAAGGGAAGAGAACAUACUUACCUCAUGCUGCUUAUUGGCUGAAGAAAGAUGAAAAAAAAAGAUUCUGGAAGAGACUAAGUCUAUUUAGAGGACCAGAUGGAUAUUCUGCGAACAUUUCCAGUUGUGUCUCUAUCGAACCACCCACAAUCGGCGGAUUGAAGUCUCACGAUCAUCACGUGCUUCUGCAGAAUCUUCUACCAGUGGCUUUGAGAGGAUUACUCCCAGAUGGUCCAAGGAUUGCAGUUACAAGGCUGUGCAGCUUCUUUAACAGCCUCUGUCAGAGAGUUCUUGACCCUGAGAAGCUAAUAUCUUUGGAGAAUGAACUUGUCGAGACAAUGUGCGAAAUGGAGAGGUAUUUUCCUCCAGCUUUGUUCGACAUCAUGUUUCACCUACCCUUACAUCUGGCGAGGGAGGCACGUUUGGGUGGUCCGGUACAUUUUAGAUGGAUGUAUCCAUUUGAGAGGUACAUGAAGACUCUUAAGGCACUUGUAAAGAACUAUGCAAGGCCAGAAGCUUGUAUGGCUGAAGGAUAUUUAGCUGGAGAAUGUAUAGCAUUCUGCUUAGAGUUUCUUCAGAACUCUGCACCGGUUCAAGAGAAAACACAACGCAAUGAAGAUGUUGAGACGUAUGAUCUGAUACUUGAGGGCCGGCCAUUGCAGAAGGCUACUCAAGUUACCCUUACUGAUAAAGAGCGAGACAUAGCCCAUCGAUAUGUUUUGAUGAACAUGGCAGUGAUGAAUCCAUAUGUUGAGUGUCAAAUAAAUGAAACAAUUCUAUGGCAAGUUCAUGCAGCAAAGUUCGCACAAUGGGUAAAAGAAAAGAUCCCUCCCAACUCUGAAGGUCAUUCUAAAAAGCUGAGAUGGUUGGCUUUUGGACCAAGACAUAGAGCUCAAACAUUUAAAGGAUAUAUCAUCAAUGGACAUCGGUUUCAGACUGAUGAUGUUAUGCGAAAGACUCAGACCAGUGGAGUUACAUAUGAAGCCUUUAGCAUGUGCAGAUCCAGUGCACGAGAUACUGCACAUAAGGCGGACGUGGUUACAUUCUACGGAGUUAUUGAAGAGAUCAUACUACUCGACUACCAUAUGUUUCAGAUUCCACUCUUCAAGUGCAAGUGGGCGAAUAAAGGAUACGGUGUGAAAGAAGAGCAAGGAUUUACACUGUGUUGGUCGCUGCGUAGCGAUCGUGAUUGGCUUCUCCGUGGUCCGAUUGCCAUACUCGAGCUUGUCCGUGGCUGGUUUGGAUACGUGUCAGUUGCCUUGGGACAGCCGGGGUUGGAGAUGCCCUUAGGCAUAUCGGGAAUGUUGAACAGUAGCAAACUGAUCAGCUAA